GUGGUGCCCGUUUGUUAUUCUCCGACGAAGUGGACGCCCGUUGGGCGGCCAGCGUGACAAUUUGGCGUUGAUAUCAGGCAUAUUCUUCGGUUAGUCUUGGAUUAGUGUACUGCACAAUUUCAUUAAGUUGAAUCGUGAUUCAUCGUAGCUUACGGUUGACCGGAAGAUGGCCUCCCAUUCGGCCCAGCGUCCGCCGUCGCGCGCCUCGCACGCGUCGCGCGUGUCGGAGGUGUCGCGCGGCGCCGCGUCGCUGUACUCGGUGGGCUCUGUGCACUCGGUGCGGUCAUCGGCCGCUCGCUCCACCGUGCCACUGACCGGAGAGAUCGAGCCUUGGAAGCCGCCCGUGCUCAAGAAGGCGCUCUUCAUGUCCAUACCCAAGGCGUCCAACAUCACCGCCAUCUAUUCCAUCCUGCAGGCGCUGUUCACCAUGAUGACGGCCGUGUUUGACGUGUAUGUGCUGGUGGAGGCAGAGCCCGGCAAGGAGCACUUCGGCUACUACGUCAUUUCUUUCGAGUUCGUGUACGCCGGCAAUCCGCACGUGCGAAACUGCCUGAUGGCCUUUGCCAUCUUCAGCCUGCUGUUUGCACUCGCCCUGUUGAUCAUCAGCAUCGUGUUGCUGCAGGCGCUCAGGAAGGAGAAUGAGAAGCAGAUCCGGCCGUGGCUGCUCAUCAUGUUCUUCCACACGUGCUGGCGCGCCUUCGCCAUCGUGUUCGCCUCGCUCGUCAACGACAUGUACUUCGUCUACCACGGCCUCAUGUGCUUCAUCUGGUCGUCCAUGAUCCUGCUGAACGUCUACGGCUGGCUGGUGGUCUGGUCCUUCUUCAACGAGCUGACCGAGGUCUCGAAGCUGGAGGACAUCGCCCAUCUGAAGAUGGGCACGAUGACGUCACUGAACGCCACGCAGUACUCGCACACGCCGUCGGUGAGCAUCCAGCCGGGGUCGCGACCCAUCACGCCGCACAGCUACAACGGCCAGUCCAUCUGAGCGGGGGCGGCGCCGCGACCGCACGGGCCUCCUCGGGCCGGCGAGCGCAUCGCGCCGUGUGCAGCGACAGCCAAUCACGCCGCGCGGUCGUCCGGUCGGCGCGCUGCCGACCAAUCGCUGCGUCCGGCCCAACCUGUCGACCGUUCAGACAACGGACGGCGAGAAAGCACAGCGGAAUCGGCACCGUCCGACGCAUCGAGUCGGCGUGCGCCAGUGACGUCAUUUGACGGCUGUGACGUUGCGCCCGCUGUUGCCGUCACAGGGUGCCUCGGCGCCCUGUGAGCGGAUGACCAGAGGCUGGGCGCCGGCGUGGCGGCAGGGCUGCGGUGUCCGGCGGGGCGGCGGUCGCGUGACGUCACUGGCGACGUCACCGGUGACGUGUCGACGGUCAGAAGGCCGGAGCGGAGCGGUCGCCACCGCUC